AUGGGUGACCAAGGAGUGUACAAGACGUGCGUCAACAUCACCGAGGACCAGGGGCAGGAUGAGCUGGACCGGCCGCUCACCAGGAAGAACCCCUUCGUCAGGGAGUUGUAUCACAGUCCACACAACCGUUAUCCGUCUCCGUCUCCUUGUAUCGAUGUGUUUUUAUCAGGUUCGACGGCCGCGAGACUAGCAGCGGCACGCGACAUGCCUCACACACACACACACAGAGAGAGGGAGACAAACAGUCACACGAUCACACGGAACAUGUGA